GAUUUCGCGUCUCGCGCUAUGUGCGUUGUCUUUUAAGACAGCAUAUGAAGUUCAAAAUAAUUCCAUUUUUUAAAAAGACUCGCGUGACCAGCUGUUCUUGAAAAAGAAACCGCGUCGUGUGAAUGGCCUCUAAAAGCUGGAAGAAUCGACGUCGCUUUUGAAACGUCGCGUCGAUCAUACAGGACGCAUCUGUGAUAUUUACACAUGCGCCGUUGAGUUGCGUCUAUCUGUUUAUCAGGGUUUUGCACCACCAGCGUUGCGUUUUAAGAUGUCAAGUGUGUAAGUGUCAAGUUAAAAAUAGUUUUUAAAACGUUUCUUGCGCUCCCCUCAUUAACUGUUACAUUUUGUCACGAGCUUUUUUUUUUAAACGAAGGCUUCGAAUCGACGUGCGCGCUUACAGUGCACCCAGUUUUGUUUAUUAUAACGACAGCGUUGUAGUUGGUCGCGUCCAGUGUAUAUGGCUUGUAGGAUGAUCAGGCGUGGGGAGGGUUUGGCUGGCCAAUGCGCAAUAGACGCUAAUGGCUUGAAAAGCCGCUUCAUUCUGCAUGAUAGUAUGAAGACGCUGCAAGUCACAGACGCGUAGCGAUUUAACAGAGCUGCGAUUACGAAAAUAUUCCGUCUAUCUGAUAAUAAAUGGACAGACCAGGAGCAGAAGCAUUCGCGAUCCACUUGUCACCAAGGGAGAGCAAUUAUUGGAAAUAAUGGGGAAUACAACACCCAAACCACUAAUAGACACCAGCCUGCAGCAUCGCCCAGUGGCCAGUCGGCAGUACUGCACUGUUUCCAACAGUGGAGUUGAGCGACGCACCUCUGCCCCUCCAAUCAGUAUUGAGUCUCCUCGUUUUCACCCUCGGGCCAAAGGCAAAAAUAUCCGACUGGAUGCACAACUGCGCCGGGCCACCCGGAAGAACAGCUUUUGCAAUGGCAUCACCUUUAGCCAGCGUCCUGUGCGUCUGUAUGAGAAGGUGCGGUUGCACCUCUCAGGUGUUCACACAGGCUGGAGCGGAGCUCUACGUUUUGGUUUCACCAGCUUAGACCCUAGCGAGCUUGCCAUAGCUGAGAUUCCCAAAUAUGCUUGCCCUGACCUGGUGACGCGGCCAGGAUAUUGGGCCAAAGCCCUGCCUGAGAGGCUGGCCACGCGGGACAAUGUUGUGGCCUUCUGGGCUGACCGACACGGCCGGGUCUUCUACAGCAUCAAUGAUGGCGAGCCUAUCCUCUUCCACUGCGGUCUCAGUGUUGGCUGCCCGCUCUGGGCCAUCAUAGACAUCUAUGGAAUCACUCAAGAAGUUACUUUACUGGAGAGCACAUUUGCUGAGAGUGUGGGCACGAGCUGUCUGAGUAGCGCUCGACUCAGUGCCUAUCUUCCCCAAAGCAACCACGACUCGGCCAACUACAGCAACAACCAGCUAGAGAGCAGCCAGGCCGCGGCAGCAAAAUUUGCUACACUACAGCUCAGCAACUACAACCAGAUCAUCCCCUGCUGCUCCACUUCCACAACUCCCUCUUCAUCCACCUCCUUCAAUGUACAAAGGGCCGCCCGCGGGCUCCCCAUGCCUCUUGAUGCUGACCUGCAUUUUCACCCAGUGCGAGGCCCUGACGUGGUUCUCUCGAACGAUCGCACGGUUGCAUGUACACACUUCCUGGACAGCAGCAGGACGUUGAUGUUCAGUGACAGGCCCGUCCGGGUGGGCGAGACGCUGUAUGUGGAGGUGGGCCAUCUGGGCUUGCCUUACUUUGGGGCUCUUCUCUUUGGUAUGACCUCCUGUGAUCCAGGCACUCUCAGUGCUGGAGAGCUGCCAGCUGACCCAGAGGUGCUUCUGGACCGCAAGGAGUAUUGGGUGGUCUACAGGGGUUUUCCUGUACCAGCGGCAGGCGAUGUGCUCAGCUUUACCUUUCUGGCCAAUGGGGAGGUGCAUCAUGGAGUCAACGGAGGGACACGCGGUCGUCUCCUGUGUGUCGACUCCUCUCAGGUUCUGUGGGCCUUCUUCACACUGCAUGGAGCCGUGAACCGGCUCAGAAUAUUAGGAACUGUUCAGGCCAGCCCUCCCACCUCCCCAUUAGUGUCUCAGGCUUCAACGCCUGAUGAUAGUGACUCUGAUCUGGCUUUCACUGUCAACAGAUCCUCAUCAGCAUCUGAAUCCUCUCUAGUGACGGCUCCCAGCUCUCCUCUCAGUCCACCGGUUUCGCCAUCUCUUUCUGCAUCUGACACAGCCCUGAGCAGCAAGAGCAGUGAGUGCACAGUGUGUUUCGAUCAGGAGGUGGACACAGUCGUCUAUACGUGUGGACACAUGUGUUUGUGUAAUGACUGUGGACAGAGGCUCAAGAGACAGAUCAACGCAUGUUGUCCGAUCUGUCGGAGACCUAUAAAGGAUGUCAUAAAAACCUACAGACCAUGAAGGGACUAACACAUUUUCUAUCAAAUUAUUCAGUAAAAACCUUGGUAGCUGUGGUUUAAUAUCUGGACUAAACCUGUAUUUAAGACUGUGUGUGUAGCUUUGAUUUAUGUAGCAUUAAGCUCUUGUCCAUAUCUCUUUCACCUCAUACAUUAACGGUCAGAAGUUUGGGAUCAGUAAGACUUGUAAUGUUUUUAAAGAAGUCUCUUAUGCUCUUCAAGGCUAACUUUAUUUGAUCAAAAAUUCAGAAAAAAGAGUAAUCUUGCAAAAUGUUGUUACAAUAUAAGCUAUUGGUUUCCAUUUUAAUAUCCUUUAAAAUAUAAUUUAUUUCUGAGAUGCAAAGCUGAAUUUCCAUCAGCCAUUACUCCAAUAAAAAGUGUCACAUGAUCCUUAAAGGGUUCGUUCACCCAAAAAUGAAAAUUAGCCCAUAAAUUACUCACCCUCAAGUUAUCCUAUGUCUAUAUGACUUUCUUCUUUCAGACGAAUCCAGUCGGAGAUGUUUUAAAAGUGGUCUUUGAUCUUUCAAGCUGUUUAAUGGCACUCACUGGUUGUUGCAGUGCUUCAGUCCAAAAGAAAAGUGCCAAUCCAUAAAAAAAGUGUCUCAUACGGCUUCAAGGGGUAAACAAAGGCCUCCUGUAGCGAAUCGAUGCAUUAUUGUAAGAAAAAUAACCAUAUUUAUGAUGUAAUAAUCACUUUAAUCUAGCUUGCACUCACUGUUGUACACGGAAGCCGUUUUGGGCGGAUGACGUAUGAGGUCAGCUUUUGACCGGUAGUGUAUAUGACCUUGGACCGCAAAAACAGUCUUAAGGGUAAACUUUUCUAAAUUGAAAUUAAAUCAUUCUCUGGAUAAAUUUGAAACUUUCCAUUGAAUGGUUUGUUAGGAUAGGACAAUACUGAACAAUUUGAAAAUCUGGAAUCUGAGGGUGCAGAUAUUUACAAAAUGUCUUCAUGGAACAUGAUCUUUACUCAAUAUCCUAAUGAUUUUUGGGAUAAAAGAUAAUUCGAUAUUUUUGACCCAUACAAUGUAUUUUUAGCUAUUGCUAUAAAUAUACCUGUGCUACUCAAAUCUGGUUUUGUAGUCCACGGUCACAUAUGUCAAAUGCAGAUCAUGGAUCACUUAUCCACAUGGAGAUGAUUUAUGGUUUGAGAAUUAAUCUCAGUUUUGAUUAGAUAUUUCUAGUGCCUUUAAUAUUGUUUAUUUUUCCUUAAGCAGCAUCUAAUGAGUUAGACAAUCAUAUCUGAGAUGUAUUGUGUAAGUAUGAAUUAAGAAAGCUUUCAGAGGGACCUCAGAUGCAAAGGAAAUAAUGUUUUAUUGUGCAAGUGGAUAAUACACAGGGCUACAAAUAUGAUUUUAUAGGUUAUUUUAAAGGAUUAAAAAAAGCUAUUGUUUGGGAUUGCGGUGGUAAAGUGAAGAAAGAUUUGCAUUUAUGACAGUUGAAGGGUUUGGAGAUUUGUUGCACUUAUAACCAGAGGUAAACUCAGCACUAAAAACACAUUUGUCCCUCUGACUGAAGUGAUUUCAGAUGUGGACCUUGAAAACUGCAUUUUAAGUAAGAACAUAAAAAAUAUUUUGUUUAUAUAAUAGAGUGGUGUGAUAUUGUAUUGUAUUUUAUGUGUUGUUGUUUUUUUAAAGAUUUUUGUUUGUAUGUUUUUGCUUUGGAAUUUAUGUCAUGGAGAAUGUCAUUUUCUUCUUACUUUGACAUUUUGUCCAAUUAGCAGUAUACAAUUAAAUCAUAAACAACAGAUUUAUUCUUUAUCAGUAAUAAUUGUUCUUUCUGGACUAUAAAUAAAACAAUGGCUAAAAAAGAACUGUUGCAUACUGUUACAAAAUCACUGUAGAAAUUGCCAUCAGUCCCAUUUUAAAUCCAAUUAAAUGAGUAUCACAGUUGUU